GACCCGCUUCAAAGUUCGAACUGCAUUGCUUCGCCUUGGUUCUCUCCUAAGCCGUCAUUUUCCUUUUCACUGUUUCUCUCCCUCUUCAGCUUCCAAUCUGCCUCUAAUGGCGUACGAGAAGAUCCUUUUGGGAAUGGGAAAUCCCCUGCUCGACAUCUCCGCCGUCGUCGACGAUGAUUUCUUGAAAAAAUACGAUGUCAAGUUAAACAACGCCAUCCUUGCCGAGGAGAAACACUUGCCUAUGUACGAGGAACUGGCUUUAAAAGACAAUGUGGAAUAUAUUGCUGGAGGCGCCACUCAAAAUUCUAUUAAAGUUGCUCAGUGGAUGCUUCAAAUUCCUGGUGCUACUAGUUAUAUUGGUUCCAUUGGAAAGGACAAGUUUGCAGAGCUGAUGAAGCACAACUCAAAGCUUGCUGGUGUUAAUGUACAAUAUUAUGAGGACGAAACUGCUGCCACUGGUACAUGUGCUGUCUGUGUUGUAGGUGGUGAGAGGUCACUUAUUGCUAACUUGUCAGCAGCGAACUGUUAUAAAACUGAGCACUUGAAGCGACCUGAAAACUGGGCACUAGUGGAGAAGGCAAAAUACUUCUAUAUUGCUGGAUUCUUCUUGACGGUGUCCCCGGAGUCCAUUCAACUUGUUGCUACUCAUGCUGCUGCAAACAAUAAGGUCUUCAUGAUGAAUCUUUCUGCUCCAUUCAUUUGUGAAUUCUUCAGAGAUGUGCAGGAGAAAGCUCUGCCAUACAUGGAUUAUGUUUUUGGGAACGAGACGGAGGCAAGAACCUUCUCAAAGGUUCAUGGAUGGGAGACUGACAAUGUGGAGGAGAUCGCCAUAAAGAUUUCUCAGUGGCAAAAGGCAUCUGGAACGCGCAAGAGGAUCACUGUUAUCACUCAAGGUGCCGAUCCUGUUGUGGUUGCUGAAGAUGGGAAAGCAAAACUAUUCCCUGUUAUUUUGUUACCCAAGGAGAAGUUGGUCGACACCAAUGGGGCAGGCGAUGCAUUUGUUGGGGGAUUUUUAUCUCAACUGGUUCGAGAGAAGUCCAUUGAAGACUGUGUGAGAGCCGGUUGCUAUGCAGCUAAUGUUGUAAUUCAGAGGUCAGGUUGCACAUAUCCCGAAAAACCCGAUUUCAAUUAGACUUGGCUUUCGCGCAGAGUAGCAGCAAUUUUCACCCGACUCUAUCUGGUACUUGGUUACGGAGCCUCCAUAUUUACUCCUAAAUUCAUCCAUUAGGCAUGGGAGUGUAUUCUUAUCUAAAUGUCAAAAUUUUCUCAACUUAUUCUUCUCAUCCAGAACAUGGAUGAUAACUUCUAUUUGAGUAAGACUCUGAAGCUGAACUGAUCUCCGGUUUAAUCUAGAAUCGUGUGCAUCUUUAAUAUGAAGUUGUAAUGUUGGUUCAUGAUGAUCACUACUGUCAGUUACGUAAUCUGGUACUUGGAAGCAGUUUUAACCUGAUCAGAA